AGGGAGGGGAGCAGCUCGCGGGCCUGCGAGGGGGCGACGGCGGCGGCGACGGUGGCGGCUUGAGGACGAGGCCCGAGCGGCGGCGGCCGAGGCGGCGGCGGAGGCGGAGCCUGGAGAGGUGUGGCUGGACCAAGACCUCUCCCGAUGUGAGCAGGUUUCCUCCUUCUUCUACCACCCGUCGUCCCCACCACCACGCCAGGGAGCGUCCUCAAGCCCUGGCCCUCCAAGGAGAGGUAACAGGAGCCUGCAGCCGAGACCAUGUGACGGCGCUGGCCCUCGCCGCCGCCGUCCCCCCCACCCUGGCCCCAGGCCUGGCACCAUGAUGUUCCGAGACCAAGUGGGCAUCCUCGCUGGCUGGUUCAAGGGCUGGAAUGAAUGUGAGCAGACUGUGGCCCUGCUGUCCCUUCUGAAGCGGGUCACCCGUACCCAGGCCCGCUUCCUGCAGCUCUGCCUGGAGCACUCGCUGGCGGACUGCAGUGACAUCCACCUACUGGAGUCGGAGGCCAACAGUGCUGCCAUCGUCAGCCAGUGGCAACAGGAGUCCAAAGAGAAGGUGGUGUCCCUCCUGUUGUCACACCUGCCCCUCCUUCAGCCAGGCAACACGGAAGCCAAGUCGGAGUACAUGAGGCUGCUGCAGAAGGUGCUGGCGUACUCCAUCGAGAGCAAUGCCUUUAUUGAGGAGAGCCGCCAGCUGCUCUCCUAUGCCCUCAUCCACCCAGCCACCACGCUCGAGGACCGCAAUGCGCUGGCCCUCUGGCUGAGCCACCUGGAAGAGCGACUGGCCAGCGGGUUCCGCUCCCGGCCCGAGCCCACCUACCACUCACGCCAGGGCUCCGAUGAGUGGGGGGGCCCUUCGGAGCUGGGCCCCGGGGAGGCCGGAUCAGGCUGGCAGGACAAGCCGCCCCGGGAAAAUGGACACGUGCCCUUCCACCCAGCUAGCUCGGUGCCGCCAGCCAUCAACAGUAUUGGGAGCAACGCCAAUGCAGGUCUCCCCUGCCAAAUCCACCCCAGCCCGCUGAAGCGCUCCAUGUCACUUAUCCCUACGAGCCCCCAAGGCCCUGGCGAGUGGCCGAGUCCAGAGGAGCUCGGGGCCCGGGCUGCUUUCACCACGGCCGACCACGCACCCCUUUCGCCCCAGAGCAGCGUGGCCUCCUCUGGCAGUGAGCAGACGGAGGAGCAGGGCUCCAGCCGGAACACUUUCCAGGAGGAUGGCAGUGGCAUGAAAGAUGUCCCCACUUGGCUCAAGAGCCUCCGCUUACACAAGUACGCGGCACUCUUCUCCCAGAUGAGCUACGAGGAGAUGAUGACGCUGACGGAGCAGCACCUGGAGUCCCAGAAUGUCACCAAAGGUGCCCGCCACAAGAUAGCCCUGAGCAUCCAGAAGCUGCGAGAGAGACAGAGUGUCCUCAAGUCCCUGGAGAAGGACGUGCUCGAAGGCGGGAAUCUGCGCAACGCACUGCAGGAGCUGCAGCAGAUCAUCAUCACUCCCAUCAAGGCCUACAGUGUGCUCCAGGCCACUGUGGCCGCCACCGCCCCGACUGCCAAGGACGGGGGCCGGGGGGAGCCACCGCUGCCUGGCGCUGAGCCUUCCCUGGCUCAUGCCAGCUCCGACAAGGGCACUGAGGCCAAGGACCCUCCGACUGCAGAGAGCUACCCUCCCCCACCAGCGCCGGCUCCCACGGAUGGCAGUGAGCCGGCCCCAGCUCCCAUCGCUGACGGAGACAUCCCCAGCCAGUUUACACGGGUGAUGGGCAAAGUGUGCACCCAGCUGCUGGUGUCCCGGCCAGAUGAGGAGAACAUCACCAGUUACCUCCAGCUCAUCGAAAAGUGCCUGACUCAUGAGGCUUUCACGGAGACCCAGAAGAAACGGCUGCUGUCUUGGAAACAGCAGGUGCUGAAGCUGCUCCGGACCUUCCCGCGCAAGGCAGCGCUGGAGAUGCAGAGCUACCGGCAGCAGAAAGGCUGGGCGUUUGGCUCCAACUCACUUCCCAUAGCUGGCUCUGUGGGGAUGGGGGUAGCCCGACGGACCCAGCGGCAGUUCCCAUUGCCUCCCCGGGCCCUCCCGCCCAGCAGGAUUGGCCUUCUGAGCCCCUCAGGCAUUGGGGGCAUCUCUCGACACGCCCUCACCAGCCCCAGCCUUGGGGGCCAGGGCCGACAGAACCUGUGGUUUGCCAAUCCUGGAGGCAGCAACAGCAUGCCCAGCCAGAGCCGCAGCUCCGUCCAGCGCACACACUCGCUCCCAGUCCACUCGUCACCCCAGGCUGUUCUUAUGUUCCCUCCAGACUGCCCGCUCCCCGGGCCUGACCUGGAGAUCAACCCCACUUUGGAAUCUCUGUGUCUGAGCAUGACAGAACACGCCUUGGGGGAUGGGACAGACAAAACCUCCACCAUCUGACAGGACCCACAGCCCAGCGCACCCAUAGGCUCCCUGGGCGGCGGGUGGGGCGACCCCCCACGGGGCUUCUGGCGACCGUGAGGGUGGGCGGCUCGGCUAUACACUCGGCUAUUUUUCUACUCUCGCCCUACUUCCUUCUGUCGAACAUUGGCACACUCCUUGCUCACUCCCUGGCCCUGGAGGGGGCUGCUGAGGCCCAGGGCAGGAAGCGGCCAGCCCGCCCGCCCUCUCCUCUCGCCCCUGCCCUGCCCUGCCCUGCCCCAGCCCCUCGGCCCGCCCCACACCUGCCCCUUCUGCUGGCAGCUGAGACUCCUAGACUGUCUCGUGGGGCCCCUCUCGACCCGCUGGCAUUGGGGGAGCACCAUCUGCUCCCCUCCUCUGUCAUUCCCCAGGACAGGAGCCCCUCCUCUCGCUUCCCCUUGCCCUGUUAUCAGAGGUUCUCUGCAAUUAAUUUCUUAGGCCUAUUUAAGAUGCAUAUUUAUAUAGUUCUUAACGGUUUUUCUCUUGAUCAUUCCCUCUCAUUUUUAGAAUCCCCAGGCCUCUCUCUCUGAGCCAACCAAGCGGCUAGGGAGCCUGACACUUACAGGGGGAGAGGGCAGAGCCCCUCCUCUAGGCCCCAAGUCUUUCCCUUCUCCCCAGCCCUGGUUCCCCCGAAGCAGAGGUGAGAGGUGGGGAAUCAGGGCAGCCUGUGAGGUGAAGAAGUCUGUUGCCUUAACGUCCCCUCCCCACCAACACACCCUUCUCCACCCCAGGUCUGCUUGCCGAGUCCUGGGGGUAAGGAAUAAGGGAAAGGGGAUUGUUUGGUUUCGGGGUUUUCUCCCCUUUUCUUUCCGCCUCCCCUCCUGCCCCAUGCUGUCACAGCCUCACCAAGUAAACACUAGCGCAUAGACUAGAAAGUCAGCCCAGCCUGGCGUCACGCCCCAGAGGGGUAGUGCUGGGUCCAGGUGGGGAGGGGGCCCCGGGGAUUCAGGCGUGGUGGGGAAGCCAGGUUCCUUAUUCCAGCCCCUCCCUCCACACACUCCUCACUGGGACAUUCUCAAGCUUUUCACACCGAAAAGGAAAAAAACGUUAUUUUUAGAUACAUUUUAUGAAUAACUUUUGUUAUGACUAUGGCUGGUAACCAUUGUGUAUGUUAUUAAAGAUACAAAAUGUUGGGAAAAAACAAAAAACCAAAAAAAAAAAGGAAACCCUUCACCCUCCCCGCACUCCGCCCUUUCCCAGACCAUCUUGCCUCUGCUCUCCUGGUCUGGACCUCCCUCAGCUCAGCCCAGGGAGGGGGGGCAGCCGGGGUGGGGGCCGGGGCUGCUCUAGGUCCCGCCCCUAGUGCCGGGCUGGGCGGGGCGUCAGGUUUAUUUAUGUACCUCUUGCACACUCAUCAACCUAUGCAAGUCCCCCGCCCCGGCCCCCAUGUUUCUGUGCCUUUGCUCAUUCCCCUCAGUCCCCCUCCCACGAACCCCAGGAAGUGGGAUGGACAGGGGCCACCUCCUUUGGAAUCAGCAGGGUGUCCCGGUCUCGGGAGCCCUCACCUCCUCCCAGCCAGCCCCAUCUUCACUCCCCAUCAGCGUGAGUUGGCCUUGACCUGGCACUGGGAGGUGGUGAGGGGGCCGCCACACAGCGGGAGGCCAGAGCCACCUCCACCCCCUGACAGCAGAGUGUGCAGGACGCAGGCGGCCCCACUCUGAUGGGCAGGAACCCACCUCCCACCCGGCCCCUGGCCCCUUGCCAUGGUCUCGCCUGUCCCUCUAGCCCCAGCCCCACUGGCAGAAUCAGCUUUGAGUAACUGUACAGUUUUUCUCGCUGUUGGAGAAGACUUGUUUGUUGGAGUUUCACUGUUUAAUGGUCUGGGCUUAUUUUGGAAAAAAAAAAAAAAGAAACAAAUUCUGACCUUUGUUAUGCUGCAUUUCAUGGAAAA